AUGUUUUCUUCGAUAUUAAUUCUCGUUAUAUCAUGUGUAUUUGUUCGAAGUCAACAGAUUCAAUCUGUUGUUCGACAGAAUCGCCCUUUGACAUCCCCAAUUUUCGAUGAAAUUACAAUCGAUGGAGCGUUUGAUGUUUUUCUUAUUCAGCCCAACGAAAUAGCAAAUUCCGUUGUGGAAGUCGAAACUAUUCCCUCUGUUCAACAGCAAAUUAUUGUUGAAGUUCUUGAAAAUCAUAUUCUAUCCAUUCGUACUAUCGGUAAUAUUCGUGUUCCUCAAAAUAUCAAUGUACACAUUCAACUGAAAACUCCAUUACGACGUUAUACAUUUCGAGGCACUGGUAACACAGUGACACACAUGACUGGACUAUUGAAUCCAACCAAUGAUAAACUUGUCAUCGAACAACUCGGAACAGGAAAUCUCGCCAUGAAAUUUAAUGUGAAUUUUCUGGAUUAUUAUCAAACAGGCAGUGGCACUGCACAAUUCUUUGGUCAAGUUCGCUCACAAUUGUCUAUUAUUAACAAUGGUGUUGGAGAAGUAAAUACUUUAGAAGUAAUCACUCCGUUUGUCAAAGUGUUGUCAUCCGGUAUGAGUGUUAGUCGAAUAGCAGCGACCAAUGAUGUUGAUAUUGAAGUAACGGGUGUUGGAAAUGUUUUCUAUCAAUUACCGUCGGGUAGAGUUCCAAGUAAAGAGAUAACAACUGGUAUCGGUAGAAUUGUUCGUCUAACAUAA